CACGGCCCCGGUGCGGAGCGCCGCGACGCCCGCCAUGAGCUGGAGCCGCUUGCGAUAGGAGGACGCGGCGUGGACGGGGGAGGCCGCGCGCAUGGUGGAGCUGCGCGAGGAUUCCCCACGACCUCGUGAAGACCGCCGCGCCGACGCGGAGGCGCGCCCGGCUGGCAAGGGCGCCCCGGCCGAGAACGCCCCGGGCGGCGCCGGGGCGCUGAGCGCGGCGGCCGCGGCCGAGCGGGAGCAGGGCGACGCGGGCAGCUCGGGCGAGUGGUCGGGCGACGACACGGACUCGGACCCCGAGGCCCGCACGGCGAGGGCGGCCCCCGCGCCGCCGCCGGCCGACGUCGUGGAGAGGCUGCGCUGCUACGGCUUCCUCGCCCGGAGCGCGGGCGCGUGGACGGAGCAGGCCGUCCCGGUGGUUCGCCUGCGGGUCAGGGUUCACACCGAGGUGGACGGCCACACGUGCUACAUUCGGGGCUCCCGGCGGGCGGAGGUGGGGCGCUGGAUCAGGUCCCCAUCACGUGGUCCGCCUUGAGGCGGCUGAAGCAACUGCGCGAAGG